CUAUUGCUGGACCCCACUGCACUACCCAAACCAUCGCGGUAUCUCCCCUACCUCUACCCCACCUCCACCGCAGAUAUCGAUCCCAAUUCCAUCAUCCCCAUAUCCAUUUCCCAAUUUCCAUCGCGGAAUAUCCAUCUCCUCUAACCGUCAUCCACAUCCAUCAUCAUGGCGGAAUUCGUGCGCGCAGAGAUUUUUGGCACGACGUUCGAGAUCACGAGCCGGUACACGGAGUUGAAACCGGUAGGCAUGGGCGCGUUCGGGCUGGUAUGCGCGGCCAAGGACCAGUUGACAGGGCAGUCGGUGGCGGUGAAGAAGAUCAUGAAACCGUUUAGUACCCCUGUGUUGGCGAAGCGGACGUAUCGAGAGUUGAAGUUGUUGAAGCAUUUGAAGCAUGAAAAUAUUAUCAGCCUGAGCGACAUCUUCAUCUCCCCCCUCGAAGAUAUCUACUUCGUUACCGACCUCCUCGCCACCGACCUCCACCGCCUCAUCGCCGCCCCGCACCCCCUUGAGGAGAAAUACGCCCAAUUCUUCCUCUACCAGAUCCUCCGCGGCCUGAAAUAUGUGCACUCCGCCGGCGUCGUCCACCGCGACCUGAAGCCCUCCAACAUCCUUGUCAACGAGAACUGCGACCUGAAGAUCUGCGACUUCGGCCUCGCACGCAUCCAGGAUCCGCAGAUGACCGGAUAUGUCUCAACGAGAUAUUAUCGUGCCCCCGAGAUUAUGCUCACCUGGCAGAAAUACGACGUCGAGGUCGAUAUCUGGAGUACCGGGUGCAUCUUCGCGGAGAUGUUGGAGGGGCGGCCGCUGUUCCCUGGGAAAGACCAUGUCAAUCAAUUCUCGAUCAUCACCGAGUUGCUGGGAACCCCGCCGCCUGAUGUAGUAGAAACGAUCUGCAGCGAGAACACCCUCCGCUUCGUGCAAUCCCUCCCCAAACGCGAACGCCAGGACUUCAAAGUCCGCUUCAAGGGCUUCCAACCACGCGCCAUUGACCUCCUCGAGAAAAUGCUCGUUUUCAACCCCCAAUCCCGCAUCAGCGCCGCCGAAGCCCUCCAGCACGACUACCUCCGCGAUGACUAUCACGACGCGUCCGACGAGCCAGUCGCGGAGGAGAAAUUCGACUGGUCGUUUAAUAAUGCGGAUCUGCCGGUUGAUACAUGGAAGAUUAUGAUGUAUUCCGAAAUCCUCGACUACCACAACGUCGACGCCGGCGCAGAGGGUGGCGGCACCCAGGAGGUGCAGAACGGCUCAUGACGAAUCGAACCUCAACCCUGAUGUGCGUACCGACCCU